UAGUGCAGAAAAAAGGUUUUGAAAGAUUUGAUCUAAAAUGAUGUAUGUCAUCUUUUUUUUUCUUCAUCAGGAAGAGGCAUUGUUGGACCAUCUCAGGCUCUGACAGAGGGCAAUUGCAACUUAAGCAUGCAUUCAAAAGACAUCACAAACGUGCCUCUGUGUUUCCGACGGUUUCGUUGGUUGGUCAGCACUUGCAAAGACGGCUGGAUGGCCUAUUAUCACCAGCCGGUUUUCCUGGCAGGAAUGGGCCUGGCUUUCCUCUACACCACAGUCUUGGGUUUCGACUGUAUCACCACCGGCUAUGCCUACACGCAGGGCAUCAGCGGCUCUCUUCUGAGUCUGCUGAUGGGCGUGUCUGCUGUAGCAGGCUUAAUGGGCACCAUAAUGUUCACCAGACUCAGGAAGACCUAUGGCCUCAUUAACACAGGCAUCAUUUCCAGUUGCCUCCAUCUGGGUUGCUUGCUGUUUUGUGUGUGUUCUGUGUUUGCCCCUGGAAGCCCUAUGGAUCUGAGUUUACUGAUGCCCUACUUUACCUACAACUCGUCUGCUGAACCUGGAGGGAUGGCGAGUCAAAGGCAAAAACAUACUUACCCUCUUACAGGGGGCAAUAAUCAGCCGUUGCUCCCUGAUCGCUCCUCCAUCCACUGGACCAACAAUACAGUACUUUUUGACAACGUGCCAUCUGGAACAGCACCAGAAUCGUACCUCUCUAUAAUUCUACUGUUCCUGGGAGUCAUCACAGCACGCAUUGGCCUGUGGUCCUUUGACCUGACGGUGACCCAGCUUCUUCAAGAGACCAUCUGUGAGUCAGAAAGAGGCGUGGUGAACGGAGUCCAGAGCUCCAUGAAUUACCUGAUGGACCUGCUUCACUUCAUCAUGGUGAUCUCCGCUCCCCAACCAGAACACUUUGGCAUCUUAGUUAUCAUUUCUGUAUUGUUCAUCACCACCGGGCACACGAUGUACUUCAUGUAUGCACACAAAGCAAAGAGAAAACACCGCCUGGAUACUUAAACGUCUCACACAUCCAUGUAUGCUUACCAGCACUGAAUCCACUCCAAAAUGAAAGCCUCGCUCCUUUUCCUUCAGCA